UGAUCAUGGCGGAGCUAAAGCUACAGCAUGAAGUGGAACCCGAAGUUCUCAAUGGGGACAUCGAGAAUGAAGAGAGGGAGGACACGGAUCCUUCGGAAUCAGCCAAGAAAAAAAGAAGAAAAAAGAAGAAGAACAAGGCAAUUGCCCCAGGCCUGUUUCCCAAUGACUACGACAAUGCUGCAAGCAGGGACGAAUGAGGCUGAGGGGGAUGGAGACACUGGAGGUGUUGGUGAGGUGAUGAAACAGUUGGAGCAGCAAGCUCUGGAGGACAAAGAGAAGGAGGAGGAUGGAGAAGAAGAAGGAGAAGAAGGAGAAAAUUGUGCAGGGAAAAAGAAAAAGAAGAAGAAGAAAAAGAAAUCUUUGAAGGGACAGACUGACCCUCCCACAGUCCCUAUUUGUGAGCUUUUUCCCAGCGGAGUUUUCCCAAAAGGAGAGGAAUGCGAAUAUCCCCCAUCAAAAGACGGGCGCAGUGCAGCGUGGCGCACCACCCACGAGGAGAAGCGGGUGUUGGACAAGGCCAACGAGGAGAUGUGGAGCGAUUUCCGUCAGGCGGCCGAAGCCCACCGCCAGGUCCGCCACUACGUGAGGAGCUGGAUCCAACCUGGCAUGACCAUGAUUGACAUCUGUGAGAAACUGGAGGACUGCUCCAGGAGGCUGAUCAAAGAGAAUGGACUCAAGGCGGGAUUAGCCUUCCCUACCGGCUGUUCCAUCAACCACUGUGCCGCCCACUACACCCCCAAUGCCGGCGAUCCUACCGUGCUGCGCUAUGAUGAUGUUUGCAAGAUCGACUUUGGCACACACAUCAACGGUCGAAUCAUCGACUGCGCCUUCACCGUCACCUUCAAUCCGAAGUACGACAGGCUACUGGAGGCCGUGAGGGACGCCACAAACACAGGCAUCAAGUGUGCAGGGAUUGAUGUGCGCCUGUGUGACGUGGGCGAGACCAUCCAGGAGGUCAUGGAGUCUUACGAGGUGGAGAUUGAUGGGAAGACAUACCAGGUGAAGCCAAUCAGGAAUCUCAACGGUCACUCUAUUGGCCAGUACAGGAUACACUCUGGCAAAACUGUGCCCAUCGUCAAGGGAGGAGAGGCUACCAGGAUGGAGGAAGGAGAGGUGUACGCCAUCGAGACCUUUGGAAGCACAGGCAGAGGGGCCGUCCAUGACGACAUGGAGUGUUCACAUUACAUGAAGAACUUCAAUGUUGGACAUGUGCCAAUAAGGCUCCCGAGGGCUAAGCAUCUGCUGAAUGUGAUCAAUGAGAAUUUCGGCACCUUGGCAUUUUGCCGGCGUUGGCUGGACCGACAGGGCGAGAGUAAGUACCUGAUGGCGCUAAAGAACCUGUGUGACCUUGGCAUCAUCGACCCUUACCCGCCGCUGUGUGACACCAAGGGCAGCUACACAGCCCAGUACGAGCACACUAUCCUCCUCAGGCCCACCUGCAAGGAGGUAGUGAGCCGGGGGGACGACUACUGAGG